AUGAAACUAAAGAAAGAAGAUAAAAAAGAAGUGUACCCUAACAAAAACUUUUCGAAUAAGAAUAAGAUUGUUUAUUUGGAGGAACAUUGCUUCGAUGAACGUAAAGAUGAAACAUUACCAGAAGACUAUCAUAGAGGAGAUAUUACUUCUUCAAAUCGAAUGCUUGCUUAUUCUGACGCUGUUACAGCAACUUGUGCAACAUUUCUUGUUAUACCAAUAAGAAAUUUAAAAAAACUUAGUGUUGAACAGUCUCUUUCUGACUUUGUUAGUGCAACUUACCAUGAGCUUAUUGAGUUUUUUUUGGGGUUUUUAAUUGUUUUAACAGUAUGGGAAAACACAAAUAUUCGAGCAAUAGUUGUUAAGCGUGUUGACGAUUUUGUUUUAUCUUUAAUUAUAUUUGAAUUGUUAGCCACCACAAUUCUACCAUUUUCGUUGGCGUUACAAGGACAUUACCCUCAUGAAAAAGUUACAGUUUUUACAACAUGUAUUAUUUUAGGAACUCUCCAAAUAAUAGAUAUUGGAAUAGUUUUAUAUGCAACGCACUCGCCAAAUCUUUUAAAUACUGCAUUAAAAAAUUGGAAAAAGACUGACCUUAAAGAAUUAUUACUUGUAAUGGUUAUAAGACCAUUAAUUAGUUUGUUGUUACUAGCAAUUGCUGGCGCUUUUUGUUUAGUUCAUUAUGGAUUAUCAUGGGCUUUUAUUGCUUUAUUGAUUUUUAUGCCAACAAUUCGCAAACUUUAUUGGUUUAUUUGUCGUCGAAUUAAAAAGUUUAACAAAACAGAAAAAGAUAUAUUUUUAGAGUGUUAUGCAAAAGGCAAUAUUUCAAAAGAACGCGUUGAGGUUAUGAGUGACGCAGCUAUCGCUAUAAUUGCGUGUAUUCUUGUGCUUGAUAUUACUGUGGAUGACUUUCCCGAACCAGAUAGUGUUAUUGAACACGGUCUUAAUUACGAGUUAAAACAUAUGAUUCCUAAGUUUCUGGCGUUUCUUGCCACAUUCUGCCUUGUUUCUGCUUUGUGGUACAUCAACCAUGCUGUCUUACAUUUAUUUAAGACGGUAAAUUCCAUUUUAUUGUACUUUCAAAAAAUAUUCCUCUCGUUUAGUUGCCUUUGCCCUCUUGCUGGUAACAUGUUAUUACGUUUUGCUGCCAAAGGUAAUUAUGACUCUAUUAUUGCAAUUCGUUUUGCUGCGACAAUAGUGUUUGUUUCAAGUCUUGCGAAUUUCUUUAUUUUUUUGUAUGGAAUGCUUACUGGAGCUAAAUACUUCCAUAAAUGGGCUUCUGUAACACACUAUAAAAAAAAUAAACGUCAGCAUCUAUACUCUUUUACUAAAUCUUUAAACAUACCUUUCUGGUCAUUAGUUUGCAUUUUUGGGAGUUUAGGACCCUCAACUUCAGCACCAUAUGUGUUGUGUAUAACAUUUAUUGCUGCGCCCUGUUCAUUUUUUUUUUCAAAGGUAGUUCUCAUGAAUCAAGUUGGAGUCACUGCAUCAUAUUUCAAAAAAACCUGCUUACGUCGAAUGUUGUUUACAAAAAAAAAGGUUGUAGAGUCUACUAACCCAAAUAAAGAUUUGCGUCGUAAUGCUUUUUCACAACCUAAUCGUUACGUCACUGAACACGAUCUUAGUAGCGUUAUAGAAAACAAUAUUGUUUGCAACUUUUGA